GGGUCAUAAGAAGCCUGAGAGAAUUUCUAAUACGAACCUCAAUCACGUAUGAUUGCGUUCAGAGUUAGAUAGAGGGAAGAGGGGAGGAGGGGGGCUGCUCCGGCGGAGAGCUGGACCGAUUCACUUCGUUCACAGUCGGCGAUGGAACAGCAGCUUCGGUUCGGUUUGGGCUGCGCAUGAGGAAAAAACGUCAAAGGGGCUUCAAAAAGAACAUUAACACGGAGAAGGGAACGGUGCAUCGUGGCAUUGCGUUCCGCUACAACUAAUUGUUGCUUUACGGACGCUUUCCUCGGUCUUAAAUCACAUCUCCGCCGCAUCCUUGCAGAGUAUCCUUUGGCUGCUCAUUCUCUUUUCCAGCUGCAUUUUCUAUGUAGACGGCAGAUCACAGGCUCGAUGAGAGGUCCGGGACAAGGACAGCACUGGGGACUGAUAGAGUAAAUCAUUUAAGAGAGGAAAAAACUUCCUCUCAAGCAGCUCGAGCGUUUGAGUCGCAUUGCCAGACGUGUUCACCUGGAAUACCUGAAGCUCUCCAAUGACGCGCGGCCGCAUCAACUUAUUAAGACUGUUGCAUGUGAUUUUCAUACAAGAUCCAGUGGGCCGGGGGCCUAUAGCAUGUAAAUAGAUUUACUUAUGUAUCAUAUGUGAGCCAGGUGUGCGCUAACUGGCAACUCUGCUGCUUCGUUACUCCUAAAAGGGAGCAAUGCAUUGGACUUGGAGGAUUUUUUAAACGGAGCAGGAUGACGUUUGGGUAGAAAGGCUUCACUUCAUGGACUUUAAAUUUUUGUUGCAUUUAUAAUCUGCACUACAUCCCACAUCUGCUCAUAAAAUCAAGGCUUUUCUUCAAUCGGGGAGAUGGCUGCAAUCGCCAGCUCCCUGAUUCGCCAGAAACGUCAGGCGAGGGAGUCCAACAGUGACCGGGUGUCUACUUCCAAACGGCGCCCCAGCCCCAGCAAAGACCCCCGAUCUUUGUGUGAAAGGCAUUUCUUGGGGGUCUUUAGCAAAGUGCGUUUCUGCAGCGGCAAGAAACGACCAGUCCGAAGGCGCCCAGAUGCACCCUCCAAACCUCCACAGGUGUCCCAUAAGGGCUGCAGGCUAGAGCCACAGCUGAAAGGCAUCGUGACACGACUGUUCAGCCAGCAGGGCUUCUACCUGCAGAUGCAGCCGGAUGGAACCAUCGACGGCAGCAAGGACGAGAACACCGACAGCACCUUGUUCAACCUUAUUCCCGUGGGUCUGCGAGUGGUGGCCAUCCAAGGUGUCAAGAGCGGCUUCUACAUCGCGAUGAACGGCGAGGGCAUGCUCUACAGUUCGGAGAUGUUCACGCCAGAAUGCAGGUUCAAGGAGUCUGUUUUCCAGAACUACUACGUGAUCUACUCGUCCACUGUGUACCGGCAGCAGGAGUCGGGCCGCGCCUGGUUUCUGGGUCUCACAAAAGAGGGGCAGGUUAUGAAGGGCAACCGGGUGAAGAAAACCAAGCCCUCGUCACACUUUGUACCCCGGCCCAUUGAAGUUUGCAUGUACCGAGAGCCGUCGCUGCACGAGAUCGAGGACAAGCACCGGUCCAGAAAGAGCUCAGGGACUCCCACCAUGAACGGGGGGAAAGCUGUCAAUCAGGACUCCACAUAGCAGCAAUGAAUACGGGGCUUCCAAGGCACUGAGCAGGGGGACUGGCUUUUGACUUUUGGAGAGAAGACGCUUCCCCCCCAAAACAUCAUUGACUAUGAAGAGGAGCGAUGCUGUACCAACCCUUAAAAAACGGAUUCCUUGCCUGUGAAAACCUUUUAGAUUUAUGAAUAUGAUAACAGACAUUGUCAAUCAGGACAUGACAUUUUAUGCAAAAAAGUGGCUGUGGUUUCUCUUCACACAAAUAUUUAUCAUUUCAAAGUUAUGCUGUGAAAAUCAAGCUUUAAAACUUGGAGUUUAUUUUCCCUCAUAUGCUUAGUUCUGUUAUUGGUUAUGAUCCCGUUCUCUUGACUCUAUGAUAUUUUUGUGGUUAUUUUGAUCUUAUCUUAAAUGCACUGUCUCGCUUGCUCCAGUGUGAGGGUAAAGACUGAAUGUAACCACUAGGACCGGAUUUAGGAGUGCUUACGUGGGAUGUAUUUUAUUCAGAUGUUUACUGUAAGUUUGACUCAUAUGUGACAAAUAGGGCUGCCUCCAAAAUCACUGAAUGCUGUCCCACGGUGCGCCGCCGUGACAGGACAAGACUGAUACAAGCAAUACAGGAGAGCGCUCUAGUAUGUUUCCAGACAGUGUUAUUAGUCCAGCAGCAUGUCUGUGGUUGUCUGCUUGCGUCAAAGACAGGUACAAGAAAGUAAAAAGAGAAAUGUUAUGUUCAAUAUUCUAUAGUGCUUUGUGAAGAUUAUUCUAUUUUAGAUAUAUAGAUGUCCAAAUGUGACCAAAAAUGGCAAAAAUGUAUGGAAUAAUCUAUAACAGGGAGGGAGAGAAAGCAUCAGCACUACGAGCCAUGGCCUUCACUGGUCACUCCAUAACUGCACCUCAAUAACACAGACCCAGCUAAGCGAAAUAUCACAGUAUAACUAUAUAACAUGCUUUUACAAAUAUGAACAUAAACGUAAUAUUUUAAAAUGCUUGAAAGAAAUUAUUUUUGGCAGAGGUAUAGAAGAAACUGGAUUCAGUGUAUAUGUGUUCCUGUUAAUGUGAAAGAGAAUUAUCAGUAGUGGUGGACAGGGUGAGACUGUUUAAAUAUCUGAUUAUUUUUCAUCAUUGUUGAUGUCUCACUAAAGAGAUAUGUGGUUAAUUAGGAUGUACCAUCCCAGUAAUACCUAUUUGUAUUCUGUAUUCUCGUGCUCCAUACAUCCUCCAUUUCCUGGUUUUCUGACCCAUGAAAUGAGCCAUUUGCUGCUAGUGUAGGAGGCGUGUUCAUAAAUCACACUGACAGGGCUGUAUAAACAAGGUGAAGUGACUGGUAUACGUGGUACUUCAUGUAUGCUACUAAGCGUAUCUAAUGCCCACUUAGUUCAUCUAACUCAGGAAGUUCUCUAACUGUUCCGUGAAUGGGGCCAGACUAAAGACUGGCUGCUCGCUGGUGAUCCAGCACUUGUUGCACAAAUCCUGGCCUGUGUUGCAUUCACUGAUGUCAGGAUUCCAUAAUUUUCUUAGUUAGGGAUACUGUACAGCUAAACCUAACCUGGUUAGGAAGUCAUUACGCAUGAAGAAUGCAUGUAUUGUAAAUGUAUCAUGAGGUGGCAACUGGUAAAAGAUUUGCAGAUAAUUAGUUCCAAACUUUUUAUGCAACAUUUUGAUCAGUCUUUUAGUGAGAAUUCAUACCUGUGUGGUGUCUGGUUAUCAUUUUGUAGGUUGGUAUGUACAGAAAUAGCACAUAUUCAGCUGCACAGAGCAACAUUGAUAAAUCAUCCGAUCUGGGAGGGUCUUCCAGCUUGACAAGCCCACUCCCACUCACACACACGAGCUACCAGUCAAAACAAGUUGAGCAGCAGUGACACAUGCAGCAUUACUCGACAUCACAGAGUACACAGGCCAGACCAGCAUAUAUAUCUUUUAUAGAGGUUUAUAAUGGUGCAAAUGAGAUGUGUGUGGAUUCAAAGAAAUGCAUGAAAUUGGAGGAAGUCAAUGUGGACAGUUUGACAGUGAGAGUGUGAGAAGUGAUGGCUAGAGCCUGGUGUUAAAAGAGCUGAGGUGUAAAAACGCGCUCACGAAGCAGAGCAGCACUUUUGAAGGAUUUAUUGAUGUAUGAAAGGGAGUGAAGGCCACGGUUGUAUGUGUAUGUAUUAUUUAUUCUCUUUGUUUGCUGAUGAUUUCACAGCAUCAGAACAUGCUCAUAUAUGCAUUAUGAAUUGUGAGAUGAAAUUAAAAUAUGCAUUGAUUAUACGAUCAGAAUGACAUUAGUGAUUGUUUAAGAAUAAAGAAUAUGUUAUCAAAACUGUG